AUGAAGCUUGAAGUUGAGAAUCUGAGGCAGUUGAGUGUCUCAAGUCUUGAGGAGAUGGUUGCAGAGAUAAAACAAAAGUUGGCACUUCUUAGACAGAAGAAAGUUGUUGAAGAAAUUAGUGAUGAUAGCAUCAGAAUAACCAAGAAGAACUUGGCUCGAGUCUUGACUGUUAGAACGGAGAAAAUUCUAACAGAAGUUGUUGAGAAGUAUAAGGGAACACCUAUUAACAAACUUCCAAAGCAACUUCGACCAAGGCUCAAUAAAGCCAAACGACAACUUUUGACGAAAAAACAAACUAAGAGAAUGACUAGAAGGGAAAAAUGCAAAGCAAGCAAGUUUCCAAGGGUUAUAUAUAGCUACAGCGAAUAA